AUGGCAACAGCGAAAGCACAAGACGACGGGGGCAAGGAAAAACACACCAUUCCCUUGUACUACGGCCACGAGAGCGAUUCCAGCAACGAAUCCUCGUCGGGCGAUGAGUUCGCCACCGCGCCCGACACCAGCGAGUCGAGCGACGAAUGCGGGCCGCCGCCGCCGCCGCCACGACCGCCAGCGCGACGAGGGCGGCCACCGCUGCCGGCACGCUUGGGGCCUGCGGGACAUCUUGCUCCGCCCACGGCUCCCGCUGCCGGUGGUGUAGUGCGUCGCAUGCGAUGGUCUCAAACCAUGAAUGAGAACGUCAUGCGCGCCUACUAUGGGGCUACAGAGGGGGGAACCGACUUAUGCGCGUACCGUGUCCGAAUGCUUCCACUGUUUCAGGCCCUCGAACCAACCAUCGACGUGACUGCGCAACGGCUAUCGGAUCAGGUGCGUGUCAUCCAGCGGCUAAAGCGGUUGGAUGACUCGACACUUGAUCGGCUUCGCCUGGAGGCUCUCUCUGCUCGCGCAGCCUCCACCUCGGUGCGAGACCCGCCCGCCACAUCGCCGGAUCUGGUGCCGGCACCCGACCAGGCCCCGGGGGCGCCGCGGGUAGAUCUCUGUGCCGACGAGGAGGAGUUCGCGCAGAGUGUGAGUAGUACAGCCAAUGAGCAACUGAGGAGGACUUUGGAUGAGGCGAUUACGCAGUAUCGCUCCACACCUAAUACUAGACCACGAUUACCACGUUUGCCUAUGAAUAGACACAAUCUAGCGCUAAUGGGAGCCCUAAACGCUUUACUAGAGCCAUAUUUGCGGACUAGUAAAGAUUUAGAUGAUACGCACGCGAUCAUGUAUUGCGGAGCCAUCGCGGCGUGCCGUGUUGCACGAGUCAAGUUUCCGGACUCUGAACGUGCACCUAGGACCGCCGGAGGUGCCCCCGCAUGGCAAAUACGGAUCGAGCGACGUAUCAGCUCUUUUAGGACUCUUAUCGCGAAGCUGAUCUGCUUCAGGGGGGGCAACAAUCGCCCCCGAGUAAUGCGCUUUGUAAACCAGGCAUUCGCGGGGACGGAUAUCAGGUCCCGCGACUACAUGGCCAAUGUUACGGAACGCAUCGACUUUCUAAAGCAGAAAGUCUAUGCAUGGGCAAACCGUAUUCGCCGCUACAGAGAGCGUGUGGACCGAUUCCAGCAGAACCGUCUUUUCCAGAGUGACCAAAGGAAGAUGUACCGAAAGUGGGAGGAAACCAACCUUCGUGCGUCCGACUCGCAGCCACCGGAUGCUACUGUCAUGAAUGACUUCUGGCGUAGCAUUUGGUCAGUGCCUGUCGGACACACCGAGGGGAGUUGGAUGAGUGUUGUUGAGCGUGAGUGCGAGUCCAUCGAACCUAUGGGGGCAGUCACCAUCAGCCCCGAUGACGUAAGUUGUGCCAUCCGCACGGCCCAGAACUGGAAAAGUCCUGGGCCGGAUGGAUUGCACAACUUCUGGCUAAAAUGGUUCCGAUGCUCACAUUCCUGCUUGGCAGCACAAUUUCAACGAGCCCUCGAGCAUGGUUCUCUCCCACCUUCCUUAACAACUGGUGUCACCUUCCUGCUCUAUAAGUCCGGUAGUACCACGGAAGCUAAGAACUACAGACCCAUCACAUGCUUGCCUACACUUUACAAGCUCCUUACAUCCAUUUUGAGAGCAAAAAUCAACGCGCACAUUGUCGCAAACAAUAUUUUGGCCUCUGCUUAA